CAGCAUCAACCAGACCUAUUUAUGCUGCUGAAGGAGGACCUUGAAAAGUUUGUGGAGAAUGAGCUGAAGACGUUCCAGAAGCUUGUGAAUCCAGAUUACCCAGAAUGCUCAGAGAGUCAGAGGGAGGAUGAGGAUGAAGAGCACAGGAGCAUCAGAGAGGCAUUUCUGAAAAUCACACUGCACCACCUGAGAAGAAAGAAUGAGUACAAGCUGGCUGACCGUUUGCAAAGCAGAAGUCUUGCUGCAGAUGGUAAGCGUAAACUCAAAUCUAAGAUGCAGAAGAAGUUCCAGCGUGUGUUUGAGGGGGUUGCUGAAGCAGGAAACCAAACCACUCUGAAUCAGAUGUUCACAGAAAUCUACAUAAUGGAGGGAGGGACUGUAGAGGUCAAUGAUGAACAUGAGGUCAGACAGAUUGAAACAGCAUCCAGGAAACCAGACAGACAAGAAACAACAAUCAGACAAGAAGACAUCUUUAAAGUCCCACCUGGAAGAGAUGAACCAAUCAGAACAGUGAUGACAAAGGGAGUGGCUGGCAUCGGGAAAACAGUCUUAACACAGAAGUUCACUCUGGACUGGGCUGAAGGCAAAGUCAACCAGGACAUCCAGUUCAUAUUUCCAUUCACCUUCAGAGAGCUGAAUGUGCUGAAAGAGAAGAAGUUCAGUUUGGUUGAACUUGUUGAUCACUUCUUUAGUGAAACUAAAGAAGGAGGAAUCUGCAGGUUUGAGUUCCAGGUCGUGUUCAUUUUUGACGGUCUGGAUGAGUGCCGACUUCCUCUGGACUUCCUCAACACUGAGAUCCUGACUGAUAUUACAGAGUCCACCUCAGUGGGUGUGCUGCUGACAAACCUCAUCAAGGGGAAUCUGCUUCCCUCUGCUCACCUCUGGAUAACCACACGACCUGCAGCAGCCAAUCAGAUCCCUCCUGGGUGGGUUGACAUGGUGACAGAGGUCAGAGGGUUCACUGACCCACAGAAGGAGGAGUACUUCACGAAGAGAUUCAGAGAUAAGGAGCAGGCCAACAGAAUCAUCUCCCACAUCAAGAGAUCACAAAGCCUCCACAUCAUGUGUCACAUCCCAUUCUUCUGCUGGAUCACUGCUACAGUUCUGGAAGACGUGUUGAAGACCAGAGAGGGAGGACAGCUGCCCAAGACCCUGACUGAGAAGUACAUCCACUUCCUGGUGUUUCAGUCCAAAGUGAAGAACAUCAAGUAUGAUGGAGGAGCUGAGACAGAUCCCCACUGGAGUCCAGAGACCAGGAAGAUGAUCGAGUCUCUGGGAAAACUGGCUUUUGAGCAGCUGCAGAAAGGCAACCUGAUCUUCUAUGAAUCAGACCUGACAGAGUGUGGCAUCGAUAUCAGAGCAGCCUCAGUGUACUCAGGAGUGUUCACACAGAUCUUUAAAGAGGAGAGUGGACUGUACCAGGACAAGGUCUUCAGCUUCAUCCAUGUGAGUGUUCAGGAGUUUCUGGCUGCUCUUCAUGUCCAUCUGACAUUCACCAACUCUGGAGUCAACCUGCUGGCAGGAGAACUACCAACAUCAACACUUUUCUACCAGAGUGCUGUGGACAAGGCCUUACAGAGUCCAAAUGGACAUCUGGACUUGUUCCUCCGCUUCCUCCUGGGUCUUUCACUGCAGACCAAUCAGAAUCUCCUACGAAGCCUGGUGACACAGACAGGAAGUACAUCACAGACCAAUCAGGAAACAGUUGAGUACAGUAAGAAGAAGAUCAGUGAGAAUCUGUCUACAGAGAGAAGCAUCAAUCUGUUCCACUGUCUGUAUGAACUGAAUGAUGAUUCUCUAGUGGAGGAGAUCCAACAGUCCCUGAGAUCAGGACGUCUCUCCACAGAUAAACUGUCUCCUGCUCAGUGGUCAGCUCUGGUCUUCAUCUUACUGUCAUCAGAGAAAGAUCUGGACGUGUUUGACCUGAAGAUAUACACUGCUUCAGAUGAGGCUCUUCUGAGGCUGCUGCCAGUGGUCAAAGCCUCCAACAAAGCUCUACUGAGUGCCUGUAAUCUCACAGAGAGAAGCUGUGAAGCUCUGUCCUCAAUUCUCAGCUCCCAGUCCUCUAAUCUGAGAGAGCUGGACCUGAGUAGCAACAAGCUGGAGGAUUCAGGAGUGAAGCAGCUGUCGGCUGGACUGAAGAGUCCACACUGCAGGCUGGAGACUCUCAGACUGAGUUGCUGUAAGCUGUCAGAAAAAAGCUGUGAAGAUCUGUCCUCAGUUCUCAGCUCCCAGUCCUCUAGUCUGAGAGAGCUGGACCUGAGUAACAACAACCUGCAGGAUUCAGGAGUGGAGCUGAUCAAUGAUGGACUGAAGAGUCCACACUGCAGGCUGGAGACUCUCAGACUGAGUGCCUGUAAUCUGUCAGAGAGAAGCUGUGAAGCUCUGUCCUCAGUUCUCAGCUCCCAGUCCUCUAGUCUGAGAGAGCUGGACCUGAGUAGCAACAAGCUGCAGGAUUCAGGAGUGAAGCAGCUGUUGGCUGGACUGAAGAGUCCACACUGCAAGCUGGAGACUCUCAGGUUGAGUGGCUGUAAUCUAUCAGAGAGAAACUGUGAAGAUCUGUCAUUAGUUCUCAGCUCCCAGUCCUCUAGUCUGAGAGAGCUGGACCUGAGUAACAACGAGCUGGAGGAUUCAGGAGUGGAGCUGAUCAAUGAUGGACUGAAGAGUCCACACUGCAGGCUGGAGACUCUCAGUCUGUCAGGCUGUCUGAUCUCAGAGGAAGGCUGUACUUCUCUGGUCUCAGCUCUGAGCUCCAAUCCCUCCCAUCUGAGAGAGUUGGACCUGAGCUACAAUCAUCCAGGAGACUCAGGAGUGAAGCAACUGUCAGCGGGACUGGAGGAUCCAAACUGGAGACUGGACACUCUCAGGGUGGAGCCUGCUGGAGUCAGAUGGUUGACACCAGGUCUGAGGAAAUAUCCCUGUGAACUCACAGUCGACACAAACACAGCACACAGAAACCUCAAACUGUCCGACAACAACAGGAAGGUGACAAAUGUGUUAGAUUACCAGCCAUAUCCUGAUCAUCCAGAGAGGUUUGACCACUGGCCUCAGCUGCUGUGUACAGAUGGUCUGACUGGUCGCUGUUACUGGGAGGUCGAGAGGAGAGGAGAUGUUCAUGUAGCAUUGAGUUACAGAGGAAUCAGGAGGAGAGGACAGAGUCCUGACAGUGUGUUUGGAGGUAACGAUCAGUCCUGGAGUCUGAACUGCUCUGAUCGUGGUUACUCUGUCAGUCACAAUGACAGACAAACAUCCAUCUCCUCCUCUGUCUCUGAUAGAGUAGCAGUGUAUGUGGACGUUCCUGCUGGCUCUCUGUCCUUCUACACAGUCUCCUCUGACUCACUGAUCCACCUCCACACCUUCAACACCACAUUCACUAAACCUCUGUAUCCUGGGUUUGGGUUCAGGUACCACCCUGGUGACUCAGUGUCUCUGUGUCCUCUGUAGGAAGGAGAGUCUCCUCCUGUCAGAUAAAACUUUUCACUGUUGCUUCAAAAAUGUUAGAGAAACUGCUGAAAGCGUCAAAGAAGGGGACAAUGAAAAAGUGACUAAAAUGUUGAAAAAAGCGAAAAUUUGGUCAGAUAAAGUGAAGAAACAUCGAAAAGCGACAAUGUUUAAAAGUCUGAAGUUCAUUGGUCAUUGGUGUAAACUAGCAGCCUUCAUAACGCUGCAGCUUCUCAUUGUAGGCUAAUGUUUUGUCUGAACUUGACUUUAUCUCCAGGUUUAUCUUAUUCACCGGGGCCACCUUCUGGCCUGUGAGUAGACAUGUUAUAAACUGUCUAAUAAGCUGUGUUAUAAGCAUAUAUUUAGGCUGAUUUAAAACCUAUAUGAUGUUUUCGGGAUUCUAAUUUGUUUGAAAAUUUUAUCCUAUUAACAUACUUUUUGCAGCAAUUAUCUAUAAUUUCUACUCCACUACAUUUCUACAAUGUUCCGUUUUCUGAUCAGUUUUUCCCCCUGCCAAAACGUCUUCCUGAUCGUCACAUGAUUGCAGUCCGCAGGGAAGCCUUCAGCAGCUGAUCCCACACUGGCGGCAGUGCGUCCAGCUCCCGGUACCGCUCGCAUUAUUACGAAUCCCACUAUGGCCACGCCAAGACCCGCCCUUCAAUAGCAUUUAUUGGCCAGGCGCGUACCGCUCCCGGUACUAGCGCUGCUCCAGAUACUCUGCUGGGUCAUAUGUGAAGCAUCCGUUCACAUAGGGUUAAUAUACAACCUGUAUAUUUAUCUUAAAAACACUCGCAGUCCUCCUCAGCUGUGAAGCCAAGUACUUGUUGUUUAAGUGAGUGUUCUCGCUGGACAAAUGUGUGCAGCAUUCACUGUCACGUGGGAAAUAAUGCAAAGUCGAGCUUCAUGCAGAUCACCCUGAGAGAUAUCCAGAAUUGUUAGUCAGAAUGUAAACUGGGCCACAGAUGGUAAGCCCAAUUACAUUAACCUAAAAUUAACCCGUAACCAUUAACUAACCAUUAACCUUUUAAUACUUAAAGUACAUGUAAAAUCAGGUACUUUUUACUUUUAUUUAAGUAGGGUUGUCAUUGUGGUACUUCUACUUUUACUAAAGUAAGUAUGUCUCUGGUUAUUUUUUGAGACUCCUCCACCACUGCAAGCAAUAGCAUAGCGCUACAACCAACCAGAGCAACGCUAGUUGAUAGAUUCAACUUUAAACACCGAACAC